AUGGUGUCCUUGCGCGACAUUCUCCCGUUCAGCACCAAGGUCUGCGUGAUGAAGCGCGUCCGCUCAGACGGCAGCGUCGAGCUGUACUGCGAGGGGCCUACCAAGGCAAACGCCAGCCGGGACGAGUGCAUUGAAUGCCUUCCAGUCGAGGAUUGUCAAGAGAUCUACGGCCUGGACCCGACUCCUGUCUUUGCUACCUCCAAGCGCGAGUACUACACCGUGGAUGGACAACUCUACUCGCGCCCCGCUCAGGAGCCUGCGCGUUCCUCGCAGUCGUCCGAUAGCUCAAGCAGUUAUCGGGAUCGCAAUCACGAAUCGAGACGAUCUCACCAAUCCCGGUCCACAGCACCCGUCUUGCGACCAGGAAACCCCGUCACCGAUAACUCGACACGCAUUUCGAACGCAGGAAACAACCGGCACACAGAGCGCCACGCAAACCGCUUGUCCAACAAUGGAUUUAUCUUGAACGGCAAUGGAAACACUAUCAACUUUCACAACAACCGCACCCACCUCAAUUACUCGGGUAACGCCACUUCCUCCUACCAUGAGAAUCGCCAGUACAACACCUCCUACGAGAGCCAUGAUCAUCGCCUCAACCCAGAUGUCGAACAGCGCACAAGAGACUACUCUCCUCCCCGCGAGCGCAUUCGCGAGCGCUCCGAUUUCUCCGCCGCCGAGCAAGCCGCCUGGGAGGAACGCCAGUGGCGAAAGCUUCAAGAGGAAGAGUACGCGCGCGACAGAUCGCCUUCGCCUUGCUAUGACUACAAAGACGACCGCGACGACCGUGGAAGGCGGGAAGAGCGCUAUCUCUCCAGACGCCGCGAGGACAGCCGCGGAAGAGUGUCAACGGUCUACUACGACUGCGAGGACGACCGCGACGAGCACGACGAUCGCUCCCGCUCCAGGCGUCGCGAAUACAGCCGCGCAACAUCUCCUUCCCCUUACUCCGAGUACGAAGACAACCGCAACGAUCGCAACGACAGCGAAGAGCGCCCCCCUUCCCGCCACCGUCAGCGCAGCGAUUCUAUCGAGGUCCUCGACUCCCGGUUCAUUUACGCUGGCAGCGGCGAGUUCCAGGGUGGUGAUUGGAUCUGCGCUACCCAGAGGGAGUACAGCGCCGAUGGUGGCUUCGUUUACGUUGGCGAGGGUCGCUACGACAGCGAUGGCAGGCAGCACAGCCUCUGA